AUGCCCGGAAUGGGCGGGCCAAUCAUGCCAAUGUUUGCAUUGGCACUUCUUGGGUGCCUGGGCAUUUCUUUGGGCUCGACGUGCCUUCCGGAUGCCAUACCGGAAGAUCAAAGACAGAAUAUCUCGAUGAACGGCAUUUCCAUGCCACUUGGGUUGACCGUCGGAGCCUCUUCGGCCAUCUCUGAGAUGUAUGCCAUUUUGGCCUCGGAGAUUCUGGGCUACAACGUGGUGCAGUACCCCUCUCCUAGCACAAUGGCCAAUCUUCACUAUUUGUCUGGCUGCGAUGGUGUGGUGCCCGUGGAGGAGUGCACCUGGCCAGCGUUGCGCCACGUGGGCUUCGAACUGUGGGAAUCCAGCUGGGCAGAUCCUGAUUGGCUGGCAAAAAAGGAGCAAUUGGGCCAGCGUAGCAUGCAGAUGGAAGGAAGUAUUGGCUUCUCUGGAAAAGAGGGCCUGUACGUCAUGGGCCCUGCCCGCCAGAAGAGCCGUGAACACUCAGGGCUGCACUUGGCCUAUUAUGGCAAUCUCAACGCUUCUUGGUUCCACCCAGAGAACUACGCGGCCAAUGUUUCACAGGUGGACAUCAACAAACUUUCGACCUGCAAAGAACACAGUCUAGCCGGCGCGCAGCUCUAUGGCCAAGUGACCGGUGAUGCCGAUGGUUUGGAGACCGUGGAUGGUGUGAUAAGUUACAAAUGCUGGCAAGACAAGUGGUGGUUAGCUCCCGCUUGUCGAAGUAACCCGGGCAGCUGCAUGGCCGUGGUGACUGCGCAGGGAUGGGCAUUUCGAGAAUUGACUCAGCAGGCAUUCUUCCACAACAUACCUAUGGCUAUUGCUAAUGGUCUGGAUUUUGCCACCUACGUGGAGCUCAAUGCGCAACUACAGUCAUUUCUUUUUUGGUGGAAUCCGGACACGGCCUUUGUGCUCUACGAUACGACACUGGUGGAAAUGCCACCAUGGAAUCCCUCAGAGCAAAAGCAGGGAAUCCUCAGAUCCGCCACGGUGGUGAUCAAGUUGCAAGGUGCCGUCUCCGAGUCCUACUGCCACUGCGACAGUGGCAGCUUCCUGUGGGAAGGCCACUGCGAGGUUUGCAUGGAGGGUGCCAGCUGUUUGGGUGCCAACCGCUUGGAGCUGUUGCCGGGUUUCUUCUCAAGGGAAGAAGCGCCGGGCGAUGUCUACAACUGCUUCGAUGAACGGCUUUGCCCAGGUGGUCCUCCAGGCACCUGCGCCGCAGGCCGCGAUACUUCCUCUGUGGCCUGCACUGAUUGCAAGGAGGGAUUUCGCGAAGGAAAUGACAAGGUCUGUGAAGCCUGUGGCGAUGGCGACUAUGCCUUCUUCGGCGUGGUGGUGGCUUUGGUCUUUGGUGCUGUGGCUUUGUUGUAUGCCUUGCUUCUGAAUGAGGCCAAGUCGAAACAGCGCAGCUCCACUUUGGUGGUGGCCGCCGGAUUCCAACAGUUCCUCACCAUCGUCCAGAUGCUUUCAGUGCUACGACGUUUCGAGAUUGAUUGGCGUGAGCCCUUUGCGAGUGUUUUGGUCUUCUUGGAGGUCUUGAGCUUCGACGUGGAGAUGCUCUCGGUGAGCUGUGUUACUCAGCUGAGCCCCGUGGGGCUCUUUACCUUCCGCGCGUUGAUGAUCCCCAUGCUGAUGUGCGUUGCAUUGGUCGUGCACCUGUGCUACAUCCUAUACACUGGCUGCAAGAGCUUCAAGACCAGCAAUUUGCUGAGGACCAUUGGAACGAUGUUUUUGAUCUUUUUCAUCGUCCUUUUCUCCAUGCUCGUGGCGCCUUAUCAGUGCAACGCACAUCCCAACGGCAAAUUGACCUUGAAGCGCUACAAGAACGUCUUCUGCGAUCGAGAGGGAGAUCAUCUGGCGAUGCUGGUCAUUGGCGGUUUCGCUUGUUCGAUGCCGGUGGUGUUCCUGGCCCUUUGCACUUGGACCGUCGUCCUGGAGCUCCCCCGACGGAUCGCCAGGUCUGAUGCUCGGUUUCUGGAUGCCUGCGGCUUCCUGAUCAAGCGCUUUCGGCCUGGCAUGGAGAUCGCCUCGGUCUUCUUCCUGAUCCGAAACGCCUUAGUAGUGCUGUGCCCCCUGCUCCACAGCACAUCUGGGCAGCUGCUGAUGAUGUGCAUCAUCUUGAUUUUCAACUCCAUCAUGGUGGCCUUCUUCAAGCCAUGGCGUUUCCUGAUUUGCAAUUGUUUGGACAAUGUGCUCCUGGCUGGCAUGCUGGUGAUUCUCAUUCUGGGCGCCAUCUCGGUGAAGGAUUCAGAUCCAGGAGCGACAAUGGUGGUGGUGAUGCUUUUCUUGAUGCUGAUGUGCCUCUCCAUCUUGGGAACGAUUGGCCACGGCAUCUUUAAGCACUUCCAACAGAAAUACCGUAAGCAGUUCCGGUACUUCCUGUGCCACCAAAAGAAUGCUGCAGGCUCAAUGGCAAGGCUCUUGAAGAUGGAGCUGGAACAGCGUUUGCCCGGGACGAAGACCUUCAUCGACUGCGAUGACUUGAACGACUUGACACGGCUCUUCAGCUACGUGGGCCAGGAUACUCAAACCUUCUUGGUGCUGUGCAGCCCCGACAUCCUCACGCGCAAGUGGUGCGUGGGGGAAAUGGUCACCGCAAGAGCCAACGGAGUAGACAGCUUGCUGCUCACAUGGCCAAGCUUCGUCCGACCGGAUGAAAAGUUCAUCGCCAAAUAUCCGACGAUCGUUCCGGACAUCAACGAGCUCACCAAGUACGGCAUCAGCCUGCAGGACGUGGAGGAAGCCCUCCGGUGGCUCGCCAUCGUGCCAGGCCAAGCGUUGCCCGAGCAGAUCUCCCCUACAACGACCCACUUGAUGGUCACCGGCCUGGUGACUGCCGGGACGAAGGCACCAAGCACCAAGCUGAGCGCCCGGGCCCAGUCCUUCACCUCGGAGUAUGGCACCAACUUCCCCGUGCUCGUGGAUCCAAUGAACUCGGAAGCGGUGGCUGCAGCGAUGGUGCUGAGCAGCCUGUUGAAGCCGAAACUCUUGGGCACCAAUUUGCCUCUUCCCUCAAUCCAGCUCAGCGGUCUUGAGGUCGCGCAGGAAGCCACACUUUCCUUGUUAAUUUGCAGCCAUGGAUGCUUCAAGUCAGAGCAGCUUCAGACCUGGCUUUUGCAAGCUUCGCGACUGCCAAAGUGCUGCAUGAUUCCAGUGAUCACGGAGGACGCUUUCGAGAUGCCAUCUCCAGCCUUCUUCGCGGAACUCCAAACCACAUCGAAGUUGACGGAUGACGAGUUCUUUGCCAAAUGUGGUGUGAAAGACUUGGCGGACAUACCAGGGACGACAAGCAGAGAACUUAACAACCAUACGGCAUGA